AUGGGAGACACAGCGGAGCCAACCUUGGCCCAAAUCACCGCGAUCCAAGGCCUUACCAACCGUAUGACCCAGCUUGAGUACCAGCAGAACCAAGAGACCGAGAGCACGACCGAGAGUAGUACCGACCCGGUCCGCGCCAACCCUAACCAGGAUGGCGCAACGGCAACGGACAAGCCUGUGAUCGAACCGAACUACAUCAAAACCGCAACGGCCCGUAUAACGGCCCAAGACGAGGCCCGAACCGAGAAGAAGACAAGCCAUGGUACGGUGGGAAGGGUUUGA